UCGUUCAAUAAAAGAUAUAAAAGUCCAGAUUCUCAGGACUGAGCAUCACUUCUUACAAGUGCUUCACUAGAAGAACACAUACACAUGAUGAAGACAUAUUUGUGUAUUACUCUUCUGGUUAUUGGCGUAGCUGCGUCUUCUUCCAAUAAAAAAGAAGAAAAAACCAAGAGGAGUUUACUUUCAGGAAUAACUUCGUAUCCCUCUCUGAACGUUUAUAACUCUUUGGGAUCUGCUAGUUUCUCAUCCGAUGCUGGAUUAGACUCUAUCGCACAUGGAAGCGGAUUGGGUCUCUCAUCCGGUAGUGGUUUGGGUUACACCACUUACGGAAGUGGACUAGGAUACGGCAGUUACGGAAGCGGACUAGGAUACGGCAGUUACGGAAGCGGAUUAGGAUAUAGUUCUUAUGCAGGUGGAUUAGGUUAUUCUUCUGGAAAUAGCUUAGCACUCAGUGCUUUAGGAAACGGAUUGGGAUAUUCUUCUGGAAGUGGAUUAGGUUACAGUACUUAUGGAAGUGGAUUAGGAUACGCAUCUGGAAGCGGACUAGGAUAUGGUUAUGGUCAAGCGGGCAUCCCAAUUGUUGGAGCUGCUGUUAGCCAAGAAGUUGCCAAGCACACGGUGCACAAUGUUGUCAACAGAAUCCCAGUAGCAUAUCCACAGCCAUACCCAGUUCCAGUCACUAAGACAGUACCGGUACCUCAACCUUAUCCCGUAAGAGUUGACAGGCCAGUACCAGUCCAGGUGCGUGUAAAUGUUCCAGUUCCAGUUGAAAAACCUUAUCCAGUGGCAGUUCCACAUGCAGUCCCAUAUCAAGUGAAAGUUAGUGUACCAUAUCCAGUCGAAAAACCUUAUCCAGUUACCGUCACCAGAACGGUUCCAGUUCGUGUAGAAAAACCAGUAUACGUGAAAGUACCUGAACCUGUUCAAGUUCCAGUUGCCAAACCCUACCCCGUUCCUGUACACAAACCUGUUCCUGUGAGCGUUCCCGAACCAGUUGUUGUUAAAGUACCAGAAGUCAUCAAUAUCCAACAUGCUGUCCAUACAGCCAAAGUUGUUACUCCAGUUGUGAGUCAUCGAGUACAUCAUGUCAGUACCCCAAUUGUAUCCGGAAUCGGAAGUGCUAGUUUAAGCUCAGGUGUUUUGGCCACAAGCGGUUUGAGUUCCGGUGUUUUGGCUUCCAGUGGUGGCUCAGCAGUACUGGAUGCCAGCAGUCUGACUUCUGGUGACUACUCAGGGUUCAGCUCAGGAGUUUUAGGCUCAAGCAGAUUCAGUUCAGAUAUUGUCAAUGCUGAUUUGAACAGCGCCAGCGGUUUGGUAGUUUCCGAUGCAGGUUCUUGGAGUUCAGGUGGAUUAGGCUCAGGUUCUUGGAGUUCAGGUGGAUUAGGCUCAGGUUCCUGGAGUUCAGGCAGAUUAAACCCAGGUUUCUGGAGUUCACGUGGAUUAAACUCAGGUUCCUGGAGUUCAAGCGGAUUGGGCAGCCAUAAUAUCAUUGCCAGAGGUACUUCUGAGAAAGCAGCAAAUAAACAGUAACUGUGAUUGACGCUUAACGUUUUCGCAUUGUCAUUUUAAACAGAUAUGUAUGUUUUCUUUUAAUAUAGUUUUACCAUAUGAACUUUAA